CCUCCUCCGGUACCCUCUCCCUGUCUGUCCUCUUAUCAAGUCCUCUCCUCCUGCCUCGCUUCCAGCCCUCUGGCCAGCUUCCUCCCGCUCCCUUUCCCGGAUCCUCCCUCUACCCAGUCUCUCCCCAUUUCCCCAGUCUCAUUUAACUCCCUUUCUCCCUUCCUCUGGUCUGACUCGCCUGCCCCAUCCCGUCCCCGCCCUGUCCCCUUUGUGCCCCUUUUUUUCUCCCUCCCUCCCUGGCUUGGUGUCCCUUCUCCACCUCUAACUCCCUUCAGCUUGGCCUCCCUGUCCCCUCACGGCCGCCAGCCUCCCUGCCCGUGGCCUGAGCCACCAUGCUGACCCCAAUGGUGGCUGGGGGGGUGGUAUUCCCCGGACUCUUCCUCCUCUCCAAGAACACGCUCCAGCGGCUGCCCCAGCUGCGCUGGGAGGAGGCUGACGCGGUCAUUGUCUCAGCCAGGCUAGUGUCCUCUGUCCAAGCGGUCAUGGCCUCCACCGCUGGCUACAUCGUCUCCACCUCCUGCAAGCAUGUCAUUGAUGACCAACACUGGCUUUCCUCUGCCUACACGCAAUUCGCUGUGCCCUACUUCAUCUAUGACAUCUACGCCAUGUUCCUCUGUCACUGGCACAAGCACCAGGUCAAGGGGCAUGGAGGGGAUGAAGGGGGGCCCAGAGCCCCGGGCAGCACCUGGGCGGUGGCGCGCGGCUACCUGCACAAGGAGUUCCUCAUGGUUCUCCACCACGCCGUCAUGGUGCUUGUGUGCUUCCCGCUGUCGGUGGUGUGGCGUCAGGGCAAGGGAGACUUCUUUCUAGGCUGCUUGCUGAUGGCGGAGGUCAGCACCCCCUUCGUCUGCCUUGGCAAGAUCCUCAUCCAGUACAAGCAGCAGCACACUCUGCUGCACAAGGUGAACGGGGCCCUGAUGCUGAUCAGCUUCCUGUGUUGCCGGGUGCUGCUCUUCCCCUACCUGUAUUGGGCCUACGGGCGGCACGCCGGCCUGCCGCUGCUCGCCGUGCCUCUCGCCAUCCCGGCCCACAUCAACCUGGGCGCCGCGCUGCUCCUGGCCCCCCAGCUCUACUGGUUCUUCCUCAUCUGCCGCGGGGCCUGCCGCCUCUUCCGGCCCCGGGGCUCCCGACCGCCCUCUCCCUGCCAGACCCAGGACUGA